GUACCCUCUGCAUGGUGUUGUGAAUGAAAUGGCUAGAAACGAAGAAAAACAACUCGCAAGACUGAACCGUGUUUAUUUAUUGCAGCAAAAGGAAGAACAGCUAAAGAAAAGACCACCCAGGCCAAAAUUAGAAACUUUAACAACUGUAAAUGAAAUCAAGAAAUGGCUACCAAGUGUCUUGAAAGAUAUUGAGUUUUAUGUUACUCAAAUGGAAGUCUCUUGUUACCCAAGCAGACAAAUAGAUGAAUUUGAACGGCGUAUAAGCCAGCUGCGUGGAGAGUAUAAAGCUUUUAUACACAAGAUACGUCAACUUGAACCAAAUAUAGAUGCAACACCAUGGACUGAUAGGCCUUACACAGGGAAACAAAGAAAAUUGAGCUCAGAUGAUUCACUUAUAGAAACAUUCAAACAAGUUGAUAGGCCAGAAGCUUCAUAUACAAACAAUAGUGAUAAAAAAUCUCAAGAUGUAACCCUAUUAGAAACGCCAGUGAUUGGCUUGGACACAUUCUAUAAAAACUGCUACGGCUAUGCCAUGCCACACAAGCCUGAUGUUGACUGCAUCGAUCCUGAACUUCAAUCUAAACCACUAGAAUUUGAUCUUUCAAAGUUGACUCCUCAUGAGAAUCCAAAGCAGCAAGUACUUGCAACACAUUGUGCAGGGAAUACAUGGAAGAAGCAAAUCUUGUCCCGGAAAUCUUCCAGUGGUGACAAGGAAAAGACCAAUGUAUUGAACUUGCAGUAUUCUGAUUCUUCUUCUGAAGAGGACAAUGAAGGACAAUGAUAGAAAAUGUCUGUAUGACUUAUCUACUCAGCAUUGAUUACAACAUUCAGGUUUGGCUUAUAAUUUAACUAUAUGUCCAUUUGAUCUGUGAUAAUUUUGCUUUAAACUGAUUCAUUGUACCUGUCAUGUAAGUUUUGCUUUAAACUGAUUCAUUGCACCUGUCAGACAUUGUAUUAUGUAGUCAUUCCAUGGAAGUAAUUUCUGCCUCACUGAAACAUAGAAGUUUUUUUUUAGUUGUUUUGUUUUGCUUUUCAGUGAGAACCCUCCCACACUAACAUUUAAACUACUGAGUUUUAUCAUGAAAUAGGAAAAAGUUUAUAAUAGCUACCAAGAUCUUCUUGCUAUCAUUUAAAUUCUAAACUCUUUUUCUUAGGCCACAUUCAGAUUUACUACCAAACACAAAUGCAAGAUAUUUUUUUUUAUAACUUUCUUCUUAAAGAUUUCUAAGACAUUAAACUGUCAUGACUGACGAGAUGUUUAAUUAGUUAAUUUUUGGCUUGUUUAUUUAAGUCUAGGGGAAAUUUAUUAAUUUAUCCCGCUCACAUAUAAGACUUUGUACAGGCACACCGCAACUAACAGUAAGAACAGACCAGUGAAUUAAAUGCAUAAAAUAAAAUGAUUUAAAGUUUACAAUAUAUAAAUGAUAAAAUACUAUAAUCAGAAAGUGAAAUGAAGGUGUUAAUAUCUAACGUAAUUGCUCAUCAGGGGUUGCUACUUUAAGCGUGAAUGGAAGAAUGUUCCUAGCUCUGACUACUUAUAUUCUUAGCUGCUAGCCGUGGGUCGUCUUCUGGCAGUUGUAGUCAUCCGGCUCUGUCUUAGGAUGUCGUCUCGGGAUAUUCUCUAUGCUGUAGGCAACCUGGCUCUAGGGUGAGGCCGCUGCCUGUUUAACAGUAGAGAGGUUUGGUGCUGCAGACUAAGUAGUAGUGGGGUGGACCUCUCAGCUGUAGUUUCUAGCUUUGAGUGGAGAUCUUACAGAGGUAGGUACCAGUUACAGCAAUAUGUUUCAGAUAUAGCAGUCAGGUACAGCAACCAGAUAUAGCAAUCGGGUGUAGCAACCAGGCCGUUUGUCCCUUGUGAAACCUCACAAAUAAACUUCCUAACAGAGGAGACUGUAUGAAUUCUAGCGGGCCUAACUUAGAAUGCUUUGGUCUCUCUAUAUAUAGAUGGGACAUUUUGUUUAGCAGGUGGGGAAGAAAGCUAGGUGAUUUUCUCACAUGUAUCUAUGUACUGGACAUGUCAAGCGUCAUGUCCGAUUUAGGGCCUGUACUGUGAGAGUAGGGACUUAAGCGAAUAUGUAUCUGUCCAGCCCAAGUGCAAAGCUAUUCUUAGAGCGGUGCGUAUCCUGCGGGGGAUGGGGGGGAGGGAAGGUGUGAAGUUAUUAAGUCGCGGGUGCAGUCUUUUGUCUUGUUGGUCACCCGUCCAGGGCCAAUAAUUAAACUUAGCCCUAGUGAAGGUAGUUAAUGCUGUGCUACGUCCCAUGAGAAAGGGGAGAUAAAUCCUAAAAGAAAUUAGUUAUGGGUGGACAAGAAAAUAAUUUUAAGUUAAAAUUUAAGUUUCUCAGGGUUUGCUGGAAAAAACUCAAAUGAACUUGAGUGUGCAAGUUUCGUAUCGUCACAUACCCACCCACUUAAAAAGUAUUUGCAGAAUACCAUUAGUACUUGCAUACAAGUUUCUUUUGAGCUUCGUUGUUGUCCAGUCUAAUUGUCCUAAAAAAACUCGAAAUUCGAGGAACGAGUCGUAAGAUUGAGCGUCCAGGUAUCUGUUUAAAGUUUAAUUUCGGUCCCACCAUGAACUGUUGUGUUUGGGUGGAGAAUACUGUGACCUGAAGUUGAGGUCAGGUUUGUUUGGGUACCUGUGCGUCCUACCUAAGGCAGUGAAGGUAGAGUUGCAAUAUGAUUGACUGGGCUGGAAUCGGUGGCAACUACCACCUUUGUGAUUUGAUGCAGGUAUCAUACUUAUACUUGGGAGCCAAGAUUGUUGACCACGCCAACACCUUCUGACACUGUCAAUGCCAGUUUAAUUCCCUCAGUUCGGUUGAACUGAGGUGUUUAGUGAUGGCGCCCAGUGUUUGGCUGAUUUGGGCCAUCCUUCUGUCUAUUCGUUCUACUGACUGGCAGGGAAAAAUAUGGCUUCUUGACAUUUCCCAAUGGUACAUAUUGGGAGCCAAGAAUAAAAUCGUACACGGGUGACUCCAUAACAGCAGCGUUAAUGAUCCUGUGCACGUAUGGACAUUCUACAUGAACCCUCGCUAUAGGUAAGACCAUUGUAGGUGUAGCUUUGUCGACAGUUUGGAUCUCUACCGUUUCACCAGUGAGAUCUGCAGAAUCAAUCAGCGCUUUCUUUAUUUUGGCGUUAAAACUGCAAGCGCUGUCAAACAUUAUAUAAGUUUUCACACCGUUAAUUAGGGCCUGCUCUACACCUGGGGGUGAUGUAGAGGGCAGUGAUGGGAAUUUUCCAAUAAUUUCUUCUGAUCCGAUUUUCUAGCAAAAAAAUCCGAAGUUUUCCAGACAUUUUUUUUUUUUAAUCCGAUUUUUUUUUUUUUUCAAUUUUUUUUUUAUGAAAAAAAAAUCUGAUUUUAUUAUUUUUCCAUUUUCGGAAGAAUGCGAAAUAAGAUUUUUGAUUUGUUUUGAACAUGCGCACAUCCAGUCUUUUGACACAGUUAAAGUUCUAUUUUUUUAAAAAAAUCUUGUGUAUUGUCUUAUAAGUCUAGAUCUCGGUCCAGACUAGAGUGGUUUGAAUCAGUCUAGAUAGAUAUAUUCUAGAUAAGAUAUCUAGAUUCUUUAAUUUGAAUACUUUUGAUCUAGAUCUAGAGCAUCUAGACUUCAAUGGCUGCUUGCCAGCUUUUGAAAAAGUAUUCGACUUAAACUUAAGAGUAUCCAUGAAUGAUGCCCGGUCGCUAUGUAGCGCUAAUUGCUGCUAUUACUACAAUUCUAGAUCUAUUAUUUUUUCACUGUUGUUACGAUGGCCCCUAGAUUUUUCUAAUUUGAACCCUGCCUGCCGACUUCCAUGAGUUCAAAUGGGAUUAGAUUUAGACAUCUAGAUCUAUUAUAAUAAUAAUAAUAAGAUCUAGAUCUACUCAUCUAAUAGAGUGAUAGACCUACCGGCCAUCUGGAUAUAUAUAUAGAAUAUACUUUUUUUUUUUUAUAUAGUAGUAGCUUAGUAGGCCUUUUAAACUUUUAUAUUAAAAUAUAUAUAUAUCCUUCACUAUAGAUAGAUCUAUAUCUAGAGCUACUUAUAUAUAUUAUAUGUAAUAACUUGACUCUAGAUCCAAUAUAUUAUUUAAUUAUUAUUAGAUAUCUACAUUCUAUUAGGCUUAUACUCAGUAACUCACUAUAGUCAUGUAAAGAAGUUUUAGAAGCUUUUCACAAAGCGCAAGAAGUGGGCUGUUUUAACUGGUUGUUGUCUAGGUUGAUUAUGUAGGCCCGAUUCUUGAUUCUGGAAUUAGAGUGCAAAUGGACACAAAUGCUGAUUCUUUAUUCUCGACAAAAUUUUAUUUGGAUGAGCCGCUUUGUAUUGCUGUAAUUGCAGUAUCAGUUUGUUGUUAAUUGUCUCAGGCUCUGUUUUUGUGAUGUGUUUGAAGUUUUUUUUUUUUUUUGUUAAAGUUUCAGCCCCUGCUAAAGUUUCAGCCACUGCAUCCAUGUCCUAAAUUUCCCCUUAUGACCCUCACUUGUAUAUUCAAAAGAUUUUAAUAAGGCCUCCUUUAGGGAUGGGUAAUGUUUAGUUACCUGAGCCUCGUAUCUCAUGGCGGUAUUGAAGACCUUUCCUGUUAAGAGGGAAAGAAAAGUGGCCCAGUCAUCCUGGGACCACCCAACAGUUUGGGCAUGGCGUUUAAAUCAGGUGAUGUAGCUAUCUAGAUCAUCCACCCGUUGGUCGAAUUUUAGUAGUUUGGAGGUUUAACUGCGUUACGGGGAGUAUCUAGAUAAGAGUUUGUUGAUGAUGACAUGUUCUCACUGGUGUCUGUUUAAUCUAGCUAAAGCUAUUUCUUUCUCAGACUCUAUCCAAGCUAGCUCUUUCUCUGAUUCCAUCCUAGCUAUUUCUAGUUCUUUGUCUGCCCUUUCAGAUGCAAACCGUGCCAACUUCAACUCUUUUUCUCUGUCUGCCUUCUGUGCUUCUCUCUCUGCUUACGUUCUGCUCUAUCAGCCUCAAGUAAGUCAUAAAAUCACCAAGGUAAACUAUACUAACAAUAAACUCCCACAGUAUGGCAACAAUAAGGGAACCACUGGAUAAAAAAAAAAUAGGUGCAAAUAGUCAGCCUACCUAAAAUCGUGGAUUCUUGGAUAAUAUAUAAUAUAUAGAACUAAGCAGCUGAAGGUCCAGUGCAGAUCUGUCAUCGAAACUUGCGUUAGAAAUUUUGAUAAAAUUUAAUAACAAAAGGAAAUGAAAUACAGUGGCAUUAAUUUAUUUUCUAUAUCUCCUAUGUUGUCUACCUGGUUCAAAUUAAGUGUAAUAUGUCUUUGUCUCCUGGAACUGAGAAUGCUGGUGCAAAGUUUAUUUAGGAUGUUAGCUUUAGUUUUAUCAUCAUUAUGUGUUAAGUUAUCUUCUCCUUUAAAUGGGUCUAUAUCAGUUGUUUCCAUGAUCUGGCUGUGGUAUGGAUUUGAUCAGCCUAUGUGUCUAGUAGAGUAACUUUUGUUGCUGCAGUCAGAAGUUGAUCAGCAACUUUCUUGUAAUAAUCAGGUGAAUCUGCUGUAUCAUCAGCUCUGGGUUUCUUCAUUGAUAAAAAAACUGUUGAUCAUAGAGAUGUCAAUCAGGUACCAAAGCAUGUAUCUUCACCACUUACAUGCCCAAAUGGGUAGUACAAAUGAUGCUGGUCAGCAAGGGCCACCCCAAACAUGCCACAAUUAUAGUUGACUACUGGCAGAGGUAUUUCAAGAUCUAGCAUGCCUGUUUUGGAUCUACAUUCAACAGUGACCAUGACAGGGUCAGAAAUUGUAGACACGAUAUUGACCUGCUGUUUUGUCUGUGUAGUAACAAUAAACCCAUUCUGUUUCACAACUCCUUUCUUUUGCUUUGAUUUAGGCAGAGGCCAACCCUUUCUGUGAGAUCUGAUGGUUCCACAGCUGUAAAUCUUAUUUCUAACAAAUUCACAGCUAACUUUACAGAGGGAACAAAAUUGUCAAAAUACACUUCAUGGUAUUUAUCUAAAUAUGGCUCGGUCAUCGACAUGACCUUAUUGUAUCCCAGGCCAUUGGGAGAUUUGAAAUUAUGAGGUUUCUGCACAACACCAAAUCUUGAUGCCCCAAGAUGUUGGCUUGUUUUUCAGAUAUUGCUUGAUUUCGAGGCAACCAUGAAAGCCUACCAUUGCCUCAACACUCAGUUUGUGCUGAGGUUUGUAGACUGCCUGCCUGUAUGCCAUACAUGAUCCAUUAAAGGCCUAAUUUUGUACAGUGGGUAUUAGUUGUCACUAUUUUUUGGUGUGCACUGUCAUUGAGGUGAAAAUAUUGCCAAAUUGUUUCAGAGUGUGGCCCAUUACAUCAGCUAUUGCUGGCACCCUCCAGCUUUUGUUCAAAGACCAGUAGACCUUAGUACUUGGAACCCAAUAAAUACCAAACAUAAUAUUUAAAUAUUGAUGUCAAAAAAGUAUAAAUAUUUUAAGUAUUCAUUGGUUUCCACUGAGAAUCCCUCUGGCUUUUAGUUACCUGCUAUUGCUCUGCAUACCUAUUGGUUUCUGUUACCAUCAAUUCUAUAAUUUCAUUAGUAAUAAAUAAAGUAAUCUAAAAGACAGCAGUCCUCAUCUAGAUGGUGAACACCACCCAACUAUUUCUUCAAAAGGUAGCAUUUUCAAUCUGAAACACUGGUCCAAGGGGAAGAUUCAGACUAGAUCUAGUGUAAUUGACAUUAGGCCUAGUGUUAGUUUCAGUAGAUACAGAAUUGUUUGUAAUAACCAACAAAAGUAUUGACCUGGACAACUUUAAUGUCCAAAACCUGGUUAAUUUGGCAUUUCAAAAAGAAAUAAGCCGUAUUUGGCAUUAUACCCUGGAGAAUGGCUGCGCCCAUCCCCUGCUAACUUUAGAUUUAAUUAGAUAUUUUCAGUUCAUUUACAAUGUCCUUUUGUUCCCUGGAAUAUCUGUUUGCCACUGUUUAAUGUAAAUUAUCCCUCUGGUGUUUGAAAAAGGUAGAGUUUGACAUUCUAGCUACAUUUAUGUAUCUAAAAAUUGCAUUGUCUGAGAUGCCGUGAAGAGCGUAGCAGCAGACAACAAUAAAUUGCAUACAGGCGGCUGAUGAAUUUUAGGUUGAUUGCUCCAUUCUUGGUUGUAGCCACACUCACAACAUAUGUUCAAAUAUGUCCUGUUUUCCUGGAAAAUUGCUUUAACCAAACACCUACAAGAUGAAUAUGCUGCUAAUAUUUUUUAAAGUGCUUAUACAGAUUUAAAUAUGAUGUA